UCUUAACUUUCCAAGCCCUAUCCGCCUUCAACUCAAAUUUUCCAUUAUUUCUUAUCAAACUUAGCAGAUCAUUUUCGAGUUAAUUAUUUCCACACAAUCGCUAUUCUUUUUUCAACGAUGCUGUCGUUUUGGAGGAAAUUUAAUAGUAAAUUACCUCAGCGAUGGAUAAUGGCAGUGAUGGCAUGCUUGGCCCUAACGAACGCGUACACAAUGAGAAUAAGCUUGUCACUGGCGAUAACGGAUAUGGUCGCAAGCAAGGAAUCAUCGUCAAACGAUACAAGUUCAGACGAUACUUGCCCAUCGACUGAUUCUACCUCGUCGAGCACCAGCACAGGCGGCACUUACGAAUGGGACGAAUACACGCAGGGAGUGAUCCUGUCGAGUUUCUUCUGGGGCUACAUAGUGACCCAAAUACCGGGCGGAAUCCUGGCGGACAAAUUCGGCGGCAAAUACACCCUUGGUCUCGGAAUCCUGUCUACAGCGAUAUUCACCCUUCUUACACCGUUGGUGGUCGAGAAAUUCGACUCAACGGGUCUGAUAGUCCUGCGAGUCCUUAUGGGAUUCGGUGAAGGAACGACAUUCCCAGCGUUGAAUGCGCUGAUAGCACAAUGGUCACCGCCACAGGAAAGAUCGAAGAUCGGAACGCUCGUGAUGACGGGAACGCAGGUCGGAACCAUACUUGGAAACGCGGUUACCGGUGUCCUGAUAGAGUACUCGUCGAUAGGGUGGCCGAUCGUCUUCUACGUUUACGGUGGCGUAAGCGUCCUGUGGUUCAUAGUCUGGACACUGGUUUGUUUCAGCGGUCCGGAGACCCAUCCCUUCAUAAGCGAUACCGAAAGAAAGUACAUCAUGGACUCGAUGAACGAGCAAACGCGAAAGCAAACUAGAUCGAUACCUUGGCGCCACAUGGCAACCUCGACUCCGCUCUGGGCCCUACUAGUGGGUAAGUUCGGCCACGACUGGGGAUUCUUCACGAUGGUUACCGACCUCCCACUCUACAUGAGCAACGUCCUAAAGUUCUCCAUAACCUCGAACGGACUCCUAACCGCUAUACCCUACGUGGCGAUGUGGAUCCUGAGCAAUAUAUCCUCCGUCUAUGCCGACUGGCUUAUAAAACGUGGCAAGAUGUCGACCACCAACGUCCGCAAGGCCUUCACCACUGUUGGUUCGGUCGGACCGGCGAUUUUCCUCGUAGCCGCGUCGUACGCCGGAUGCGAUCGCGUCGUCGUCGUCGUACUCUUCGUAAUUGGAAUGGGACUGAUGGGGCCGUUUUAUCCAGGCCUUAUGGUCAACGGCGUUGACCUCAGUCCCAACUACUCCGGGACCAUGAUGGCCAUGAUGACCGCGGUCGGUGCCGUAGACGGUAUGCUGGCGCCCUACUUGAUCGGCAUACUCACCCCCAAUCAGACGCUGGUCGAGUGGAGAACCGUAUUCUGGAUCACCUUCGUCGUGCUCUUGGUUGCCAACCUGGUCGUACUGAUCUGGGUUGACGGUGAGGUCCAGUACUGGAAUGACCUUGGAAACCACCAGAGCCAAGGUCGCAAGGACCUUGAGAAAAAAUUCAAGCCCAGUGAAAGCAGCGGGGAUCCGGAGAGCAAGGCAGUCACGUAGAGAAUCUUGUGUGAAAUCUUCACAGAUAUCCAAAAAUCGUCUCCACGUGAAACGAUUCGUUUUUAAGGUCCAUUGGAACAAAUUUCUUGAGCUGUCACUUCGUGCUUCGCACAUUGGUCUUUGUCCAAUUCUGGAUUACGAUGUGGCAAAACGUUCCACCGGCAUCUAUCAUCGUCCGUAAGGUGAAAGGCACUUUUGAUUUUUGUUCUAAAAUUUCAAAUGCUGUCUUCGGAUAUACGACAAAAAUUGCAGACCCUGUUCGAGGAGGUGAUUGUUAUUUAUUUUUUUUUAAAUUUUUUGUCACGUGAAAACGGCCAGUGAUCAAUUCCAUAAGUCACGGACUUCAAGUUUGAUUUUGUUGUUCGGAUUAAUCCAGAAAAAUAUCGCAAUCUUAAACAGUGUCACGAAGAUGGAAAGUGAUCGUUUUGCGUUUGGAAAAAUCUCAUUGCUUUCGUACAAACUGUGUAUUUAUUGUAAGAUAUACUUUGCGAUAGAGUUGGUUAACACGUUAUGAGAAGCUCUUCGAUAUCGAAUGUACACAUUUUCGUCGAUCCCUAACGUCCAAUACACCAGAUACGAAAAUGAACGCACUCCGCUGCGUUCGAAAUUAUAUCAAGAUUGUGUGUAUUUUAAUUCCUUAUUCUCUUUGUCACAUCAGCGAAUCUACCGAAGAAUGUCAUUGAAAUUCUGCAGAGAUUUCAUAUUCAGGUUAAAAUGUUCACGCUACGUACAUUCGGAAGAUAGUGUAUCUUCGUACGCGUGUUUAAUCGUAUAAAAAAAAAUAAAAAAAAACAAUUCAACGAUAACAAGAAUCGGUCGCAAAACA